CUCGCUUCUUUUCUUCUCCCCCUUGCCCCACCACUUGACACUAUUCUCCUGCUUCUUCUCUUACUGCCCCUCUAUUCUAUUGCCGCCUGACGCCUCCUCUGUGGUUUUGCUCACAUUGAAAUCUCGUUGUCUUCGGCUUAGCUUGAGAACCCUGCGCCAUCACCUCAACCACCCACCACAACGCACUCCUUGCCACCCUCCCCUAAUCCCAGCAUCACAUUUGGACCACUAGUGUCUUUAUCUGGAGAACCGAUCAGCGAGGAGCCCAGUCUUAACAGGGAGCCCUCUUCGCUUGACUUCGUGUUUUCUGAGCCAGCAAACACUCUGCAUUCUCAUCAGAUGGGCCAGGGUGCUUCAACGCCCCAAGAUGGCAGGGAGACGUCGGCUACUAGGAGGACUGGAGCACAACAACAACAGCCGCAGCACAACGAAGGAGUUGAGGCGAACCAAAGCCUGGCUGCUCAGAAUGUGACUAGGAACAGCAUAAAUUCUGGGGUAUCAGAUGAGGCAGCUACGGCGGUCCUCAGGAGGAGUAGAAGAUUACGGAAUCAUAUUGAACACAUAUCAAGAAUAGGAAACAGGAUAAUGUCGCCAGGUUCGUCUUCGUCGACAUCAGUGGGGAACAGGAUGCAAAAUAUCCGUUUUCGUUCACGCAGUUCACGUUUCUCAAAUUCCCGCUCGCCGUCACCCACAUCUCUCGGUGGGUCGUCGCGUACUCGACCUUCAUCGCCGCGCACCCGGCUACGUAAUAUUCCUCGAUCCACACAUAUUCCCGGAUCAGAUUUUAGUGACAUGAUGGAUAUAUCUCCUGUCACCACUGCUACCCCACAACCACAGACCCCAUCCUUUGCACCGCCUACCGAACCUACGGCUUCUGCCGAAUCUCGCCCUUCGCGUAUGUCCAGAGUCAGAUCCUCAAUCAGUUCGUGGCCCAAUAUCCUUCCAGAUAUUCGUACAACCGGCUCUUCUCGCCCAUCUUCAGGAAGACUAUCGCAACCAAGGUCUCGUAGGGCAAGUAUGUUUGGUUCAGCAUUCGGUGAUCACAGCCAUGCUGGGGACAUGGAUACAGAUAUGCCUUCGGCGCCAGAUCUCAACUCAACAUCCCAAUCUGGAGUUUCAUACUCUGGCACAUCUCAGCCUAGACAAGAUCGCCCCGCCAGUGGCACCGGAAGUUUGAUGGAUGAACUCGAUAAUAAUCCUGCUCGGGUAAGGCCAGGAGAAGAUCAGGCUGCGAUGCUUUCAAGGUUACUUUCAGUCGCUGCAGCAGCUACGGCAGCGUCGCUUGUUGGAGGGACUGAGCAAGCAAUUAGAGAGGCUGAAGAUGUAGCUGGGGAUAACGGGGGGGACGGAAGCUUUGAAUCCUUCUUAAGAGCUCUCCAAAAUGGGCGUCUGGCUGCAGCUCUUAGAAAUGGUGGCAAUGAAUUGGGUGGAGGGACUCCGGCGGAUGGUGAACGUGCGGAGUCAGUCAUGCCUCCACUUAAUUUCUUCAGGAUGUUCCGCUUUGGGAGUAAUGGAAAUUCGAACACAGAUCACGGUAGGGAGGAGGGCCCUGACGGCUCUCGCUCCCGAAUGGUCCCGGUUAUUAUUGUAGGGAUUCGCUCUGUCACCCCAAGAGACACGACAGAGGCAGAAGGCAAUAGGCCAGCUCCGUUCUUUGAUGCUCUUGCCAAUCUUCCUGUCAAUAUUCCUAGUAUCCACCGCAGGCCAAGGCUCAGCAAUAGUCAUAGAAGGGCUUCGGUGGGUGGUGCGCCUGGCAGCUCACUUGGAUUUGAUAACCAAAGACAUAUUCGUGGAGCUUCUGUUGGGUCGUUGAGGCCAACAUCCGAACUUGAUAGUUUGCCAAUUCCACCAUCUCUCUCUGACUCUUCCUCCGGAGCACUACCUCCUCCUUCCACUCCAGCUGAUCCCAGCAUGUCAAUCUUCCGCCAGGAGCCGCUUGCCCCCGAAUCUAGAGUUCCAGUCGAGUCGGUAGAAGCUAAUACACUCUCUGAUGACAACGGAGUGGGUUAUGGAAGCGGGAGGGAACCGUCACGCCGUCGUUUGUCGCGGCGUUUGAGUAGCCCGGAAGCUUUGCCAGCACUUGGUAGGUCUGGGGGAAGCAGUAAUUCUGGUAGCGCUGGUUCCACAAAUGGAAAUGGUGGGUCUAGUGGUAGUAGGCGCCCUUCGGGUAGUCCAGAAGGUACCAGGAGCUGGAUUAUCUAUGUACUUGGCGGUUCAUACCCGGAGGAUCAUCCAAUCCUUACGACUCCGAGCUUGUUCACUGAUGCUCCAACGUACGAAGAUAUGAUGCUUCUCUCAUCCUUGCUCGGGCCGGCUAAGCCCCCUGUGGCAACUAGAGAUGAUGUCAAUUCUGCCGGCGGGAUCUUCACCUUUGGCGAUGGAUGUGCCCUUGGCGCCGAAAUUGCCGAGGGGGAUAGGUGCCUGAUCUGCUUGGGUGAUUAUGAGGAUGGUGAGCAGUGUCGUCAGCUAACCAAAUGUCAACAUGUCUUCCACAAAGACUGUAUUGAUGAGUGGUUGACUACGGGGCGCAAUUCGUGCCCCCUAUGCCGAGGCCAAGGGGUCAACGAAAAGGAACAGUCAGACCCUGCCCCUCCUCCGGCUGCAUCGGACCCCCUUACCCAGGAUUCCCUGGGUGCUGUUGCUGCGUCAUAAUAGACAUUUUGGUAUCUUCUCGGUUUUCGGCCGGCCUGGACCAACCAUCUCCAUUCGCCAGUCGUGUGGCGACAUUGGGCUGGAUGGAUCGCAUUGAUUGUUUUAUCAACUACCCAUUGUGGGCGCAUAUACCUUGCCCACUAUUCUUUUUCUCCCUUCUACCCUUUUACGUCUUUUAGCCUUUGUGCCGUUUGGAGUAUCUUUUACGUUGUUUUUCCAUCUUUUUUUCGGGAACGGUGAGGGGACGGUUCUUGGGUUUGUUGCAUAGUUAGGUUGUUCUCACCUCUUUCUCCUUUUCCCUUUCCUUUCCCCUUUCUCCUUUAAGCUUCAUUCGCUGGGAGACCUCAUGAUGGCCAGGAUUCACAAACUGUAGUCAUUCACAUCUUUCGGUGGUAAGGCGUCGUGUGUUGAUUUUUCUUCUGUGGGUUGAAGCAUCUAUGUUGUCCUUUGGGUGCUCUUAUUCAUCCUCCAUUGUACCCUAGUAUCCCAGUAUUGUUGCGCAUUGGGGACCAGUAUUGGUUUCUUGGCUUACGCAUUGCCUCUCCUCAACUCCUCGAUAUGGUUUUUCAAAUUUCUUCCUUUCAUUACAAUGAACUGUUUUUCGGG